UGUGGCAAGCAAUUGGCGCCAACAAAAAAUAUUCUUCAUACAAAAUAAAACCGGCCGGUAUCAUUUCAUUUCAUCCCCCCUUAUCAUCCAGCUGGUCCCCCGCCCGUCUUAACAAUCUUGUGGCUUCCAUUCUUACCCCACAUUCCUUUGUUUUUUGUCACUUUCCCCCACCCGAAUUUCAUCAUCCACUCAUACACGAGAUGCCAUCGUUAUUCUGUUAUUCUUCACUCAACUUUACUAGCUAGUAAUGGAGAAAGUUAGCCGGCCGGCGAAUCUAUCUCUCCGGUACAGUCUCACUCACAGAUCGUUCGAAAACCUCAACAAAGCCAGCAGUUCGUCUGUCAGAAACUCCGACAACGACGACGUUGAUUUCGAUGACGUCUUCGGCGGACCUCCGACGAGGACUAGAUACAGUUUUGGAAGUGGUAGGGUUAAGUCGGAGGAGGAAUCGUCUAGCUCUCCGGUGUUCGGCGAGUCGUAUAGCUCCCAGAGAACGCGUACGAGUGAUGAUUUUUAUGAUGAUAUUUUUAGGAGGAGUGAUGAGUCGGUUCGCGAGCCGUUUGCUACUUCAGUUCCCUCUGAUUUCAGUCUGCCUCCGAAGAUGACAGAGGAUGCAGGCGUUCCUGUGUUUGGUUCAAAUGUGCAUACGCCGAGCACUACUCUCUCUAGAUUUUCAAGCAUCGCAACACAAAAAUUUAGGAAUAAUUCCGGUCAAUCGCCUGGACGAACGUUGUUAUCGCGUGAAGCGUCCAAUGCUAAGGAGUCGCUACACUCAACACGAUCUACAGGAAGUGAAGUUGACGACACGUCAAAGGCAAAAACAACAGGAACAAAAUCUCCAAGCAAUGAAUUUCACUUUUCUAUACACAAAUGGCCUAGUGUAGGGGUACCAUUACUCAUGUCUCUUCGUGGGGGCAACCGUCCUAUUUUGAAAGGAAGUAGUAAAGUUAGCGCGCUAUCGAUGGAUAACAUGCAGGAAUCUGGAUUUGCGAAUGAGGAUUUGUCUGCUAAGAAAGAAGAUGUGAAAGUGAUGGAGAAAGAAACUUUAGCGGUCAAACAAGAAGAGAAUGUGCAAGAGGUCGUGGCUCCAAGUUCGUUAUUACAUGAUGAGCUAGAAAGAAAAGGCUAUGAAGAUGCUGGUAAAGAGGCUGAAACUAAAGAAAAAAUGCAGACAACGAGUGGUAAGAAAAAACCCGAUGCGAAAAAGACAAGUUCCAGUAAAAAAGCCGAAUCGAAUAAGCCUGGUGCUGGAUCACCUAAAAACCGAGUCAAAGGUAUGGUCAAAGAUUUCUUCAAGAUGUCUAAUCAAGAAAGUCCUCCAAAGACCAAAACAAACGUGAGCUCUAGAUGGAAAACCGGUGGUAAAAAGAACACAACUCAGGAAGAAGUCAAUGAUACAACUUCAAAUCUGGAUACAAAUGCAAAAACCAAAACAGAUGCUUCAAAAACAACAAAAUUGGCUAGUGGUUUGCCUGCAGAAAAGGUGAAAAUAUCCCCAGAUGCUUCACGCACAAUACCAUUGGAUGCUAAAACACCUGCAGAAAAUGUGAAAAAGGCUCCAGAUGCUUCAAACAUGACACCAAUGAAUGUUAAAAUGCCUGCAGAAAAUGAAAAUAAGAUGCCAGAUGCUUCAUUUAUGGCGAAAGAAGAAACUGGGAGGUCCAACAAGCAGAAAUUUUCACAGAAUCGUCCAAUUAGAAAACUCGAGGAUAUUAACUUUCAGCAGGAUACCACACCAUCGUCUGAAUCAGUUCCUAAUGGUUCCAAGACUAGUGCUGUAAAUAUAGACGAUCCCACUUUGGAUAACUUCCAGGUUCAAGAAUUGACUACUGUGGAUGACAAAACUUCAAAAACUCAAGAAGAAUCUGAGGCCAUUAUGGCUUUGGAUUCAAAGAUCCAUACGUGGUCAAGUGGAAGAAAAGGAAACAUUCGCUCACUGCUCUCCACUUUACAACUCGUACUUUGGGCUGAGAGUGGAUGGAAACCGGUUGCACUUGUUGAUAUAAUAGAAGCAAAUGCAGUGAAAAAAGCUUAUAAUCGAGCUAUGUUAUGUUUGCACCCUGAUAAGUUGCAACAAAAAGGCGCCGAUUCAAAUAAAAAAUACAUAGCCGAGAAGGUCUUCGAUAUACUCCAGGAAGCGUGGGAUCAUUUUAAUACACUUGGUACACUUCUUUGACCAUUAUAUGACACAUUAUGAUUGCCCCCACCACCACACAAGACAGACAAUGUUUGAAUUGUAAGCAUCACUCUGCAUAAAGGACUUACCUUUUCAAUUUUCAACACAAAACCAGUUAUAUACCACACUUUUUAUUUUUGUUUUUCUAUAUACAUUUAGAGAUGUAUGCAUUGUAAGUUGUAUAUUGUGUAAUAAUAUUAGUACAUGGGUAUGAAAAGAAACAAUUCUUUUUUGGCGAUUAUAAAUAAAGUUUUUCAAACUA